AUGCACACCGCUUAUGCACGACCUCGCUUUAUUGAUGUUUCGAUUGGACUCCGUGAACCUCGUGAAUCCCGUUGGAAUGUCGAAGCAUCUUCAACUGGGUUGAUGAGCUUACGCUUAUUAAUUUCUCAGACGCAUCACGUGGAUAGUUUUCAUUCUAUUUUCAAAUUGCGCAGUCCGAAAACCGAGUUGGUCGUUGGCAAGGUUUUUUGUUGCGAACCACCUCCAUCUCCAUUUCUUCGACGUACUCGCUUACGAGUUCGUCGUUGGGUCGUAGGCUCGGGGAACCAGAAAGUGGCGGAGCAAAGAGAACAAAGGGCGAAAGGUGCCGCUGUUGAGCUGCUCAUGGUCGCUUGCAAGCGGUAUACAGUGGUGAAUGGAAUAGCGGAGCUGUGGGCGGGGAAUUCAAUUGCCUUUGCAUCUAGCAAAGUGUCUCGCUUGGCUCGGGUUGUCACAAGGAAACUUGGACAUGUGGCGCGAUUCUUGUACAUCUGA